AUGGUUGUCACUGAAUUCCUGAACAGACUGGACAGGAUUCUGCGCACCGACAGAGAGAUUCCAAACCCUGAUGAUGAGCUGUUCAACUGGUCCCUGGAAUGUAAGCAUGCGAAUUGUGUACACCCAAUUAACCUUGCUCGGCUGGCUGCCACACUGCUGUCUACAGAACUACUUUGUCCCCGCACUGACAAUCGGCUGGUGUCGUGGCACAAGACCUUCGCUUACUCAAGUCAGAUUCUCCUUGCUAGACGUCUGUACAGAAGUACCGACAUGUUGUCUCGAGAUCACCUCGCGAUGUUUGUGUCUUACCCAGCGGGGCCUCAAUACCAACAGAUGCUGUUGGGGGGCACAGAGAAGUAUGAAGGUCAAGGACUCCUCACGCUGUUCACCUUCCUCAUAAUUGUUUUCAACGUGCUGUUGAUACUCCUCAUCACCAUCUCCCCGGUCCUCAGGCAGUCUACCAAACACCUUCUCAUCCUGAAUGUUGCUGUUGGAGACCUCCUCAUGGGGCUUCUGGUGUGUCCACUCCUUCUGGACGUCACCUUCAGGCAUGACUGGAUCUUCUCCUGCCAUACCUUCAACACCUUGACGCUGUUCCGGACGUCCCUAGUCCCGUCAGUCACGUGUCUCGGCCUCUUCCUCAUCAACGUCUUCUACAUCCACAGAAUCACGUCACACCACCAUUACGCUCCUAACAAAGCCGAGGUCAUCAUGCCAAUGGUUCUUGGUUUCGUUAUCUGGCUACUGUCCAUAAUAACACUUGUGCCACUGCACUUUGGAGCCACUUCCCCCCGUAACUCAUCUGUGCUUACAUGUACCAGGGUUGUGAGGGAUGAAACAUCGGCCCACCUGUACGUGAUUUUCAGUUACUUCCCACAGUUAUUAUGCAUCUUAGCAUCAACCAUCAUGAUGGUGUAUGUCCAUCUUCCUGGAUACCUGUCCCGAAAUCUGCUGUUCUAUGGUGAGCACAUCCAGGUACCUCUUGACGCCAUUUCGGCAAUCUUCAUCACUGUCGCCUUGUACACGCCAUACUUCGUCCUGGAGUUUGCUACCAUCUCCUACCCCUGUCCUACCCAUCAGAAGUGUGUCCAGCUGCACAUGAUUAGCCAGCUGACAAUGUGGCUUGUCCUUGCGAAGUCCUUCCUUGUCCCACUCUGUUGGCUGUGCUGUAGAGAGGUCCGUCGGGCACUCAAGUGCCUGUGUUGUGGUUGACUUGUAUGUAGUCUUUAAUAGGCGUUUAGAAGAAGGGAAAACAUGACACUUUAUUAUGGAUAACAACUUCUUUUAUUCUUUGUAACAACGUUUCUGAGCUUCAACUUGCCACUUCAUCCGGUGAAUGAAAGAUGAAGGGACAAGUUCAAGCUCUGAAACGUUGUUCCAAAGGUGAGGUGAAAUUGGGUUUAAGGUGGCGUCCAAGAUUAUUGCACUAAUAUAGCGACGUGCAUGCACGUGUGUGUGUGUCUGCUUGUACAAGUCCGAACUGAUGCCGA